AAUUUUGCCAUUCCCUGACAUUUUCCCCAUUCUUUCCAGGCCAUGUUUGACUGGCUGGACAACGCCGUGAUCAAGCUGUGCAACAUGUCCCCGGUGGGCACGGACCUGAGCACGGUGAAGGAGCAGAUGAACGAGAUGAAGGAGUUUAAAAUGGAGGUUUACCAGCAGCAGAUUGAGAUGGAAAAGCUGAAUCACCAAGGGGAGCUGAUGCUGAAAAAGGCCAUGGAUGAGACGGACAGAGACAUCAUCAAGGAGCCACUGACGGAGCUCAAACACCUCUGGGAGAACCUGGGAGAGAAGAUCGCCCACAGACAGCACAAGCUGGAAGCCGCCCUGCUGGCCCUGGGCCAGUUCCAGCACGCCUUGGCCGAGCUGAUGGCCUGGCUGACCCACACCGAGGAGCUGCUGGAUGCCCAAAAACCCAUCAACGGCGACCCCAAAGUCAUCGAGGUGGAGCUGGCCAAGCACCACGUGCUGAAGAAYGACGUCCUGGCCCACCAGGCCACAGUGGAGACGGUGAACAAAGCUGGGAAUGAGCUGCUGGAAUCGAGUGCUGGAGAUGAUGCCAGCAGCCUGCGGAGCCGCCUGGAGAAGCUCAACAAYUGCUGGGAGGCUGUGCUCCAAAAAACAGAGGAGAGGGAGCAGCAGCUGCAGUCCACGCUGCAGCAGGUGGGGGACAGCCCC